AUGUCAGAAAAUUUAACUUUUUUUGUACCAUAUCAUACUGGUUAUGCUCAUGCUGAAUUAGUUCAUUCAUUUUCAUCAUAUACAGAUGUUCAUUUAUUUAUUUAUAAAUGGAAUCCAGCAUAUGAACGUAUAAAAAAUUAUUUUAUUAAUAAUAAAAAAAUUCAUAUAUAUGAAUUUAGUAUUAAUAAUAUAAUAUUACAAUUAAUUAAAGAAAAAUAUCGAAAAAUAGUUAUUCUUUUAACAGCAUCAACAAAUUAUUUAUUUGGACAAUUACAAUUACGUUUAUUUCAUUUAAUACAAGAAUAUUUUUCAUCAAUUAUUGAUAUUUAUCCUGUUGGACAUUGUAUGUAUGGUUGUCAAAGUUGUGCUUAUGCAUAUACACAUUGUUUACCAAUAACAUUUACAAAUUAUAUUCGAACAAAAAAUGAAAAGUUAUUAUUAGAUAAUAAUUAUGAUAUUCUUAUUUGUCCAAGUUAUUCAUUUAUUAAUGCACCAUAUAGUCUUUUAUCAAAUAUUGAUAUAAUUGAAUAUAUAUUAACAUUAAAAUAUUCACAUCUUAUUAAAUUACAUCCAUUAGCAUAUGAAUAUAAUGAUAAUCAUCCAUUUUUAUCAUUAACAGAUUUAGAAAAAGAACAUGUUAAAAAAUUAUUUCAAUCAAAAAAUAUUUUAUUAAAUGAACAAAUAAAUACAUUAAAAUUAAUUGAAUAUGCACGUAUAAUUAUAUGUGAUUCAAAUUCAUCAAUACCAUUUGAAACACUUUAUUUUCAAGAUAAUAAAUAUAUAUUUGUUUAUGAAACAAUAGAUGAAUAUGAUGAACAAGAUGAUAGAGAAAAAUUUUUUUAUAAAUUUUCUAAUGUUGAAGAAUUAAAAUUAUUAUUAGAAAAUUAUUAUAAUCAAAAACUUAAAUGUAAAACAAAAAAUUCUCAUGAAUUUUUCUUAGAAAAAUAUGAUGAACCAAAUGGUAAUGAAAUUGAAAAAUUAGUUGAUAUACGUCAAUGGUUAAUUAAAACAAAUAAUGAAGAUAAUAAUAAACAAGAUAAAACUUAUGAUAUAGAUACAAUUAAACAAAUAAUUUCUAAUAAAUUUAAAUCAAUAUCAACACCAAUGACAUUAUAUACAUUAGGUGAACAUACAACAUCAGAAAUUGAACAAAUUUUUUUUAAUGAUGAUGAAAAUCAAUUAUUUGAUACUUUACAAAAUAAUAUUAACGAACUUUAA